AUGUGUUUUUUGCAGGCGAAUUUUGAAGAUGCUCGAUGCAGAUGUAUUUGCCCUUCGACCAAAUACUUCGCUUCAAAAAGUUUAACUAAAGAUGAUGAUAAUCAUCGGCGAUAUUAUACCAAAUCAAAUAUAAAUUCAUUGAAUUGCAAUCCUCAAGCUGUUGUAAAAUCAAAUGUUUUGGAUAUUGUCGAUGGAGUUCACUUGGAUGCUUUUCUCGCCAAUUGUGAUUGUAAAUAUGAAUCAAGGAAUACUGUCAUGUUGAAGGUUGUUGUAAUUUUCGUCAUUUGUGUUGUUUUUAUACUGGUUACUUAUAUGUUAUUUUUGCUUUGUCUUGAUCCAAUGUUGAGAAGGCAAAAACAGUCAAUUCCUUAUCGGCAGCAAAAUGAUGAGUUGGAAGAUAACGUGUUUGCUCGUAAUUCGUCUAUUGAUAUUGUAGAAGGAACUGCUUCCUUAAAUAUGCGAUCAAGAAAUAAUACAGUUUUGGAGAGAGUAGAAGCUGAACAAAAUCGUUGGAUGAAGAAAGUUGAAGAGCAAAGAAAAAAUAUCUUCACGGAUCAUACAAUGUUAAACUGA